AUGGGAUAUGGUAUAGUAGCUUUUGUACUUUUUGUUGUUUCCUUAAUACCUAAUCCAAACAAAUCACAACCAUCAACCAUUACAAAUAGUUCAGAGAAAGUAGUAAUAAUUGAAAGUUAUCCAAUGGUGCCGAGAAUUUGGGAAAAUUUAAAUUAUUCAGGUUAUUUAAAGUUUAGACCAUAUAUUGCUAAUAUGAAAUAUAUUUCAAUUUACCUAUUAUAUUUAGUGGUUUCAUUUUUACCUUAUUAUAGUAUCAAUUAUUUCGAUUUCUAUAAUGAUCAAUUAAAUUCAAUUUCGCCGAUCCAAAAUAAUUUACAACCAUUGGAUGGUUUUAUUUCAUUAUAUGAUCAAUUAAUGAAAGAUUGA